AUGUCAUCAGUGACGCCGAGUCCACUGAUCGCUCUAAUAUCAUCUCCAUGUAGUCAGAAACAUGCAAUAAAUCGUGGCUUCAAAUCACUUUCUCACUUUGUUUUUCCUUUCACCACUCACGAAUGUCAGCUUCGAGAGCCUAUAGAGAAUUCAAGAAUCUCCAAUCGACUUCGAUUAGAUAUUCGUGAUAUUUCUAGUGAUGGACACUUACUGACACUUUCUGUUCUGCCACAUGUACUUAUUCAGGCUCUUAAAAACUCCACAGACGUCUCGCAGUCUAUAAAACUGUUCCGUGAAGCGCUCGCAAGAUGUUCAGAACCAUCGGAACACGAGUCUUUCGGUCGUUACCUCGCUUGUAUCUUCGUUGUUUCAACCCAAGACGAAAAUCCAAUGGGAGAGCUCAGUAAAAUGAUUCAGACACAGCAGACUCUAUAUAAUACCACCUCAACACUGAUGAUUCCCGGUCAUUGCUCACCGAAAUGGGCUAGCUCUCAUGCAAAAACACCUCGCCAUUAUAUUCUUCUUCAUGAUUCAAGAUGUCCCAGAAGUAGUACAGAUAGGAGAGAUGAAGUACUUGCUCAAAUGUGUGCGACGUAUGGAAAUGAUAACUGUCAAGUAUUACAGUUAGAUUCAGAUAGUGAAUCACCUGAAAUGAAAGGAGUAUGGCAAGAAAUCGACGAAUUCAAUGAUGUGUUAGAGAAAGGAUUAGAAGAAGCACACAAACAUUCGACUGAUUCAAUUCCGAGUACACCUGGAACUAAUGGAGGAGCAACUUCUUUACAGUCUCCCUCUUCUCCCACAUUCGUAUCCACUAUUUCAUCAACUAUGUCAGCAGUUGGAAGUGUUUCCCCAAAUAGUCAGCAGAGCUCAAAUAACCCAGCAGUGUGGAAAACAAGUUCGAAAAUCGCAUCAUUGCAAGAUGCAAAGAAUGUUCAAGCAGCUCUUUCGAAGUUUCUAACUGCUUGUUUGGGUCCAUACGUCGAAAAAGAAAUGCGAAUGUUGUAUGAAACUGCUGGACAGAAGAAAUCGUUCACCAAAUCUAUAACCUCCGUAUCAUCAGGAAUGCGAAAAUGGUUCGGUACUGGAAGUUCUUCUAAUAACUUAGCAACACCUAUCACCUAUGCUUGGGAUAGUAUUGAAAUGCAAACACGACGACUUGCCGAUCUUCUUCUGAUGUUCGGAUUUCCGGGAGCUGCGUAUGAUCAGUACCAUUCAUUGAAAAAAGACUUAGAAGUUGACAAAGCAAUGGCAGCACAUGCAGUUGCAUUAGAAAUGUGUGCAGUAGCACUUCAUAUAUCACAACCUAAUCUCAAUUCAAAGCAAUACCCAAUUAGAUACCUUGACCCACCAGUCAAACUUCUAAUCGAACAUGCAAAAAGAUAUCCAGCUGUCCUCCGAUGCGCUUUCAACAUGGCUGAAAUCUAUUCUAAUCUUGGUUUGCAUAAGGAAGCAGCUGCAACUCUUGCUCAAGUCAGUGCAAUGGAUGGAGAUCAUCUUGUCGCAGUGGCUCAGACAAUGGCUGCUGAACAGUUUGAAAAGGCUGGGAUGCUCCGGAAAGCAUCAUUCCAUCGAGUUCUCGCAGCUAACCGGUUUUCGAAUGCUUCUAUUCCAGCAUUGUCUUUUGAUUGCUACCGCUUGGCUCUUCCCACUUUCGAUCAGAAACACUGGGGUGUUCUAGAUGAACAUCUAGCAGUUCGUUUACUAACAGAAGGCGAGAAAGCUGGUGUCAUGACUCCAGCCAUCGCAACGGAAUGUAUUCGUCGUCUAGUGGCAGUUUGUCCAAAACUACCCUCGUCUCAACAAUCUGAACGUCUUCGAACUAUUGUUGAUGCUCUUGACACUUACUUUUCCCAUCGAACAGAUCCAAUUAAUAUGCUUACUGAUAUACCAAAAAUCGAAAUGGAUACGGUCAAAGUGAUAUACGGAGAACGUCCAUUAUGGAAUGAGAUUGAUGAAAAUGAGCAUCAAAGUGUGUCUGCGGAUGGAUGGAUAGUUGUUGAACGAGCUGCACAUCACGCACUUUUUGGUGCUAGUGCUCCAUUCCGAGGAAUGCAAAUGGUCAGUGAUGAGCACUCAGAUAAUCAAAAAGUUCGAGAGACGCCAGCUGGAGAAAGAUUUCGAGUGAUGGUCGAUCUCACGAAUCCUUUGAAAAUUCCAAUCGACCUGAUGAAUGUACGACUCUCGGUGACUGAUGUACAUUUUCAAAGUGGCACAGAGUCUCCAGUACCUCCAGAUUUAGGAAAACUUGAACAUUUACAUUUGGAACCAGAGGAAACUAAAACUGUUGAAGUAUACGUGUUUCCCACAAUUGGGUGCUUAAAAUUCCGAGUUGACGGGUUAUUAUUCCAAUUAGCAAUUGGUGAAAAACGAAUAGAAACAAGAAUUCCAUUGGAAUGUCGAGGAAAACGAUUGAACAAAACUGCGAAGCAGCAAAAAUCGAAAGUCUACACAAAUGACGAACGCCUCACCGCUUCAGUCGCCCAGAAACCAUGGCCACUUAUCGAGUUUCAUGUGUUAAAACAUCCUCAUAAAUGGUUAUAUUGUGAUCAAGCGCAACGAUAUCAAGUAGAAAUUGAAAAUAUUGGACAAGAAGACGUUUUUUCGAUGUGUCUGGCUACAAAUGCAUUCGAUCGAGUAUCUGCCGGAAUAGUAGGCGGCUUUGAGGAUGAAGAAAAGCAAGAUGAAUUGAAGCUAGAGUUGGCUGCUAACAACACAAAAGUAGCCACGUUCCAAUUCAAACACGCUACUUCUGAUCAACCAUUUUUGAGAAUUGGAGAGAAGAAACGAAUCUUUUUUGAUAUUCGAAGUGCCGAUGAACCGAAUAGUUCAGUUGUGACGUCGAAAUCUAUAAGUACUGUAAUUCUGAUUGCAUAUAGAAGUGCAGGAGGAACAAUGCGACAAUGGAGAAGAGUUAUUGACGAAGAAAGGCGACAUUUAAUUUUGAUGAACUCUGAGAUUCUAGAUUCUGAUUCUCGAACUUUUUCCAUUCAUCUUAAAAAUUGCUUGGCAAUCAGUCAGGCAGCACUGUCACGUGUCGAGAUUCUUCGUAUUCGAACUACUCAGAAUGAAGCUUCAACGGGAGCCAGAAACGAUGUUCCGAUGAAUAUUCAACUGGCAUCUGCUGUACGAAAAAUAGAAAUAGAAUCUGAACAAUCAGACACUCUUGUUGUUCGUCUUGUGGCCAAUCCUAUACCAAAUCAAGCAGUUUGGCUAACCACUAAUGCAACGAUUUCCUCCCCAAAUUGGCCAUGUCCUGCCGAAAUCACCUCUGCAAUGGAUGAUGACUCUAUUAUUCGAGUGGCAGAGAAAAUAGGUGUUCUUUGGAAAGCGAAUAUUGUCAACAACGAGGGAUUGGUGACAUCUUUCAUUGGUGAAUCUUUCAUCGAUGACCCAUUUGCCAGGAAAAAUGCCGAGACAAUGGCAGCAGUAAAUGGCGGAGUAUCAUCAUCACUCCAAAUUUCAUGUGAAACGAGUGCAAAAGACAUCAUUCACAACUUCUCAACGUCUCGUAUUUGUGAACUUCCAAUCACUCUUCGUAUCCAAAAUAAAGAUUCUCUUCGUCGACUCGCAGCUGUAUCUAUCAAAUUCUCUCCAAAAGUUCGUGAAGCUGUAGAUGGAGUUCAUUUAGUUGCUCCAGAGAACCGCCAACAGAUGUGGAUUGACCGACCAGUUCGCAAGUGUCUCAUUUCUCCAGAUGACGUAGCAGUGAUCGAAUUUAAUUGGAAAAUAUCUCAUGCUGCUGUUUAUGAUGUGGGCGGACCAAAUUUGAGUGUAGAAGCCUUGUUCGAAGGUGGUAAUGAAGCUGUUGUUUUUAAGGUUCCGAGUGUGCUGUCGGUCGUCAAAUCGUCACCAUACACAGUUGUCUGA